UCUAAUCUUAAUUAAAAUUAAUUUGGCCCUUCCCCAUUAUUUUACUCCUUUGUGGUCAUCUUGAGAAUGAACCUUCUAUGUUGUUUUGAAGAUACCACUGUUGACUCGAUGUCCUCGCAACAACAGUCCUCGGCAAAAAAGCCAGAACUCCCUGAAGGUGCCUUGGAAAUCUGUCGCAAGUUUGAUAAGGACGGGAAUGGGUAUCUUAGCAAGAGUGAGAUAAAGGAAGCAGUCGGAAACUCUUUAACUAAGAAGGAGCUGGACGAUCUGAUGGAAAGGGCAGAUUCUAAUCAUGAUGGGAAAGUGGAUUAUGAAGAGUUUUUUAAAACUGCCUUUGCCAAGUGAUGCGGAGUUUCCAAAGACUGUAUCUUUAAUUUUAAACUCAUACAAUGGUCUAAUGUUAUUUUGUCUAUACUUUUACAAAAAAAAACAAGUUAAUUAAA